AUGACAUCCGCGGGGGCCUCCGGCGCCUCAGUGACUGAGCUCGCCUCUAAGCUCUACGAACAUUGCCUGAACAACUACCCUCCUGACCAACUCUUCUACCAGCAGGACUUACUUGGUCUGGGCAUAGUCCCCAAGUCGGACCUUGCGCUUCUGUUGCGAUGCACCCAAUCGCUCGUUGAUCAGAAAUUGUUUCGCCUUCUCCAGGGCAAAAAUGACCGAUUGGCUUGGAAGAUCAUCUCACGGGAAGAUGCUGAAAAACUUCAGAACCUGAGCCCGGACGAAAGUUUGGUAUACAAUGUGAUCCACUCUACUGGUCGCAACGGUAUCUGGGUCCGUGCGAUCGGAACUCGAACCGGUUUACACAAGUCUAUAUUAGACCGUUGCCUUAAAUCCUUGGAGGGAAAGAACUAUAUCAAGAGCGUACACAAUGUCAAAUUCCCAAGUCGGAAAAUGUACAUGUUGGCGGGCCUUGCCCCCAGUGAGGAUGUUACCGGUGGCGCAUGGUUCACUGACGGAGUACUCGAUGAGAAUUUCAUCAACACUGUCGCUGGGUAUAUUGAGUACACAGUGAGCAGAAAGAGUUGGUUUGAAGUUCCAAAUGCAGACGCGCCUCGAACCAAGCGCAUGAAAACUAGCGAUGGUAGCGUGUCUGUCAAACAAGAGUCUGGACAGAAAACAUUUAUUCCUUUUCCGGCUGGUUACCGUGGCUAUCCAACCGUAUCGAUGCUCACAGGUGCAGUUAACGAGAGUGGAAUUACUCCCGUUCGUUUGGGUGAAGAGAGUAUAACACAGCUCCUUGAUAUGCUCUGUUACGAUGGUAAGCUGGUGGCCUUGAACAACGGGGAGAUGUACAAGUCGGUCAAAAAUCCGGAAGCUGUUAAGCAGUCGCAAGCGCGCAAGCCCGCAGGCGAGGAUAAGGGUAUCGAAGACCGGCUGGUAACCAACGGCAUGACAGAGGCACCUUGCGGUACCUGCCCAGUGUUUAAACUUUGCGCUCCUGGAGGAGCCGUGAGCCCAGAAAGCUGCGAAUACUUUGACCCUUGGCUGGAAAAGGCUCUCGGGUUUUAG